AUGGCAUUCGCGCCCACGUUGCUUGUGUGCUUGCAAGAGGAUCCAGGGGUGUAUGUAGAUGUGGAUUUAUCAAGACAAACGCGUAUUGUGGAUAUGCGCUACGCAUCGCUCUCGUUGGCCGACGUACAGCGCCGCCUUAGUGACGCGCUCGCUUCCUUUGCGCAAGCGCGCGCGACUGUGUGCAUCGAUGCGCUCGAGCCGCUUUUGCUGGACAAUGAAGUGACACACGUUUACAAAUUCCUCCGUAACCUACUCAUUUCCAUGCCUGCAUACUCGCGCCUUGUGCUGCGGACUGCGAUGGACUGCGACGCACAGACCAGUGCGCUUGUUGCCGCGCUCGUCGCUCCGAUGGUAUGGAGUGGCAUGGAGAUUCCCGAGCACGGCACAAGUCUGGCACACGCUACGAUUAUAUGCCGCGUACAUCCCCCGGCGGUAAUACGCUACAUGCACAAGACGUACGGUUUACUACCGCCUUCGUCGGCGCCUGCAUUGCAGCGCGCCGCGUACUUGGACGCCGGGAUGCCUGUGUUGCGCGAUCUGGAUCGCGACGGGAAAGCGGAUCCACGGUUUUGGACAGUGCUGCACAGCAUCGGCGCGCGUGGCCCUUUUGGAUCGCAUGGCGAGCCGGGAUGGUGGCAUCUCGCACGCGAUCCAACGACCCAUAUGCGCACAUCGCUGCACGCGCUUGAUAACAGCGUACACUCCGCCAUGCCGCCCGUGCUUACUUUGGAGCAGGUGCUCGGGUCGAAUAGUGAUAAUGCGGAGCAGUACGCACAGGGUCUCGGGUUCCUCGAGCUUCACGCUUCGCUCGUGCAUGGAAAGUAUGCGGAAGAACUUGCGGCGUGCGCGCAUGUUAGUACCCCGCAUCGCUUGCGUAUCCUUGCUCUGGAUAUGCAUGCGCAGCACUCGUCGAGCGCGCCCGCAGGGGACAAAUCGCUCCAGGCUAUGGUCGAACAGCUGCCGUUCAAUUUGACGGAAACGAAAGAGCAGCGCGCGCGCAGGGACCAAGUGCCUUUGCCGUACACAUUCCAGCUGCAAGAGCAGGAUGCCGGCGUGCCGGCGCCAUCGAGCACGAGUACAUGGCGUGGCUCGACGGGGCAGAGCGCUAUUUUCUUCGAGCCGGAGAGCGAGGACGACGAGGACGACGAGGAUCCGGACGACGAUUUGGAUGUGUAA